AUGGCAAGCAUUAAAGAAAGACUUAAAUUCAAAUCAAUGAAACCAGCACUUGAUGGUUAUCCAUCAAAAUCAGAAAAGAUUAAAGAAAAAUAUCAACAUGUUUUUAAUGAUUUCCCCUCACUCGUAUUAAAUUAUAUAUUGUCACUAUUUCCAAUCUUAACUUGGAUUAAAAAUUAUAAUUUUACAUGGUUGUAUGGAGAUGCAGUUGCUGGUAUGACAGCUGGUUUAGUUGUUAUACCACAAGGAAUGGCUUAUGCUCUUGUGGUUGGUUUGACUCCAGAAUAUGGAUUGUAUUCAUCGUUUGUUGGUGUAUCCAUAUAUUUCUUAUUCUCUACAUCAAAGGACAUAACAAUUGGCCCAACUGCUGUGAUGUCUUUAUUAAUGGGUCAAAAUUUAGCAUCUAUACAAGCCUCUCAUACAGAUCCUGCCAAUCCAGCAGCUCCUAUCGUAACACUUGCUGUUGCAUUCGCUUUCAUGAGUGGCAUAAUUUCUUUGAUAAUUGGUCUAUUAAGAUUUGGAAAAAUUCUUGUUGAUUAUAUUUCUGCUCCUGUUAUCGCAGGAUUUACAACUGGAUCUGCGUUAACCAUUUCUAUUGGCCAGGUAUACAAAAUACUCAAUAUAUCUGGAGUUGAUUCUAAAGAACCUGCUUAUAUAGUAGUUGGAAAAACUUUUAAAAAUUUGCCAAGUACUAAAAUAGAUGCAGCUUUAGGAAUAACAGGAUUAGUGUGUUUGUAUUCAAUAAAAUACGGAACAAGAUAUUUUGCAAAACGUUACCCAUCAAAAGAAAGAGCCUUUUUCUUCAUUGGAAUCUUGAGAAAUAUUUUUGUGGUCAUUUUAGGUGCAGUUGUUGCAUAUUUGGCUGGACUUGGACAAAGCAAAAAUCCUUUUAAAAUUUUAAAAGAUGUACCUAGUGGAUUUACUCACAUUGGAGUUCCAGGAUUGGACUCCGACGUUCUUAGACAAAUUGCUCCAUAUUUGCCUGGCGUUACAAUUAUUUUAAUUUUGGAACAUAUCGCAAUUGCUAAAAGUUUUGGCAGAAUUAAUAAUUAUAGAAUCACUCCAAGUCAAGAGUUAAUUGCUAUAGGCGUAACCAAUUUUAUAGGUUCAUUCUUUGGUGCGUAUCCUGCAACGGGGUCUUUCUCCAGAUCUGCCAUCAAAUCAAAAUCAGGUGUAAGAACUCCUUUGGCUGAUAUAUUUUCUGCUAUAUUGGUAAUGUUGGCCUUGUAUGUUUUGACACCUGCGUUUUAUUAUAUUCCUGACGCUGUUUUGUCUGCGGUUAUUUUUCAUGCUGUACUCGAUUUAAUUUCUAGUCCUGAAUACGUCUUUCAAUUAUGGGAGGCUCAAUUUUGGGACUUUCUUGUAUUUGUUGUAGCUGUUGUUUUUACGUUCUUUUUUACCGUCGAGUAUGGAAUUUAUUUCUCAGUUGCUCUAUCAACGUUGGUAUUAUUAGUACGUUUAGCAAGACCAAAAUAUGAAUCAUUAGGAAGAAUCAAAUUAGAUGAUAUAAAUGAAGAUUCAACUUCUGGAGAAAAAUAUGCAUAUGCGCCUUUAGAGUCAAAAUCAUUCAAAUCAAUAACAGAACCACCACCUGAUGGAGUAUUGAUAUUUAGAAUCGACGAAGCAUUAAUAUAUCCAAACGCAUCAUAUAUAGACGAUCAAAUACUUGAUUACGCCAAAAGCAAAACGAGAAGAAUAUAUAAACCACCAUCCAAAAAAGGUGAUCGGCCAUGGAAUGAUUCUAGUUAUAAAGAUGACAACCAAGAACAAAUAGAAAAUUCAAAUAAACCACUAUUGAAAGCUGUAGUUUUUGAUUUUGUUGCUAUAAGUUCCUUGGAUUCAACCGGAUUACAAAGUAUCAUAGAUAUUAGGGAAGAAUUAGAUAGGUAUUCUGGGCAUAAAGUCGAAUAUCAUUUUGCUAAUGUUCUAAGUAAAAGUAUAAAGAAAAGUUUGAUUUAUGGUGGAUUUGGACAAAUGAAGGAGGAUGAAAAAGAAAGUAGUGCACAUGUUCCAACAAAAGAAAAUAAAGAUUUAGAGAAAAAUAUUAUUGAUUCACCACAAUCUAAUGAAGUAAUCACUAUAAUUAAUAAUGAGGAGGAUAAUUCUGAACAUAAUACUAUUUCAAUAGUUGAUAAUAAAAAACAAAAAAACUUUUUCCAUUUCACUUUACCAGAAGCUGUUUCUGCAGCAACUGAUGGUGCUUGGUAA